ACUUGGACAGAGACCAGUUAGAGCAGCCUAGGACACCGACAGGUGAUGCAACGCAUUCGAGUGGCUAACGGCGCCUAGGCGAUCUUCGGACCAUCGUACUAGCAGUUCUAGCGGCCGGCUCGAAGCAGAUGACUGAGUAAUUGUACAUCCAUCCAAGUCCAUGAGAGAAAGGAGGUGAAAAAGACGGUCUGUCGCUCGGGGCGGCCGAGUAAUGAAUGGCCUGGACGCCUGGACGCCUGGACGGCGGAUGAGGCGCGUGAAUGCUACUUCCACGAGCCUUGGAGGGCAGAGAGAAGUCCGUAAGCCCAUUGGGUAUCGCGAGCCUGUUGGCCCCGUUGAUGCCUGGGUCCUCUAAUUCGCCCUUCUGUCGGGAGUCUGAUAAAGCGUACGUGCUGCUUUCCUGGCCCCCCUGUCGAGUUUUGACGUGUUGGGAGCUGCAGAAGCAGAGACAGAAGCAGAGAGAGACACACAGAGAUAGACGCGAUGAUGAUGAUGUCAAAGGCCAGGCGAUCUCGCAGCGCUGCAGCAGCCAGGAGGAGUCAUCUCCGCAGCGAUGCUGCACAUCCGUUGGGCAUGAUGCAACCUGCGUAUGGCGAGCUGUUCAUGCAGAGUUUAGAGGAGCAUCGACACGAUGGGUACUAACAAGAGUACGGAAUAGUGGCAAACCUUUUUCCUUCUUCCUUUAUUUCUUAUUUUUCUCUUUUGCCGCUGCCGCGAAAAAAAAAGGUCGAGCGAGACCCAUCGAGGACCCUGGAUUUUCAUCAUCGAGAGCUCUGGCCCUCACGAGAUCAGCACUGCUGUGGAUAUGGGCCCGAACAAGACGAUGCGCCGUGGCAGGCCUGGUCAUUCGGUCGAGGAACCAUCUUAUAGCGCGCAUCAAGCCAAGCGGGGGUGGAUAAUAAUAUAUAAGCGGACGGCAAGCAGAUGCAAGAAAGGGAUGGUGGAGGGGGCCGAAAAGCGCCGCCAACGUCCAAGCCAGCCAGCCGCCGACUCCAUAAUAAACUUGCGCUUGCCGGCUUGCCUGCAUUCACCGCAUUUUCGUAGCUUGUGUUUCAUAACUGCUCAACAAGACCGGAGCAAGGCCCUUCCUUGCGAGGUG